AUGUCGCCGUGCAGAUUGGCGACUUGCGUGGUAGCGCUGCUUGCACUAUUCUUCGCACGCGGCGCUGUCUCCUUGGACCUAAAUCGGCUCUACGGGCACCACACGAAGAGAUCUGAAUAUUGUCACCCGUACGAGCCGUUCAAGUGUCCAGUAGAUGGAAACUGCAUCUCCAUACAAUACCUUUGUGAUGGCGCUCCUGAUUGUAUCGAUGGAUACGAUGAGGACUCAAAGCUUUGUACUGCAGCGAAACGGCCGCCAGUAGAAGAGACUGCGUCGUUCCUUCAAUCGCUACUGGCAUCACACGGCCCCAACUAUUUGGAGAAACUUUUCGGUAACAAGGCCAGGGACGCCCUGGAACCACUUGGUGGAGUUGAAAAAGUCGCUAUUGCUUUAUCUGAAUCACAGACAAUCGAGGACUUCGGAGCGGCGUUACACUUGAUGAGGUCAGACUUGGAGCAUCUGCGUUCCGUAUUUAUGGCGGUUGAGAACGGAGACCUCGGAAUGUUAAAAUCCCUCGGGAUCAAGGAUAGCGAACUAGGCGAUGUCAAGUUCUUCCUGGAGAAGCUGGUCAACACCGGCUUCCUGGACUGA